UUGAACGCGGCAAAAGGUCGACGAACGUCAAAUUUCUCCCCACUCUAGUUCGCACAACUCAACCGACAAUGUCGAACGUUUACGUUUUAUUGCUUUGUCUCAUUGCCUUUGCUUCAGCGGCUCCUCAAGGUUCACUUCCUCUGUUCGUGCAAGAACCGGUACCGAUUAAUCCGGUUUGCCUAUUGGCCCCAAUCAAUCCAACGGUGCGUUGUAAUAACUUCUCGCUUAAAUGGUACUACGAUCCAAGGACCAGGGACUGCGAAAAAAUCCUGUACUCUGGAUGUGGUGGCUCUAAAAAUCUUUUCAACUCCGAAAACGCCUGCGAGAGGCUUUGCGACUAUGACAAUUUCGACAGCUAUGAGAGUGCCGAAGACUACUAUGAUUACCAGCCCACCUACAAGUACUUCACCUUUGGAAAAAAAUGAUUUGAUUUUGUCCCA